AUGACGGUCGCGUUUGACCCCACGCACCGGGUUUACUCCCAAGGUGGUCGAGCACCACUAUGUCUGGAGGACAAAUACGAGAUUAUGAAGGAGAUUGGCGAUGGAAGCUUUGGUAGUGUUGUUUUAGGACGUGUUCGCAGCGCUGGAUCGCAUGUAGCACGCAGAGGUUCACUAGUAGCCAUCAAAACCAUGAAGAAGACAUUCGAGCACUUCAACCAAUGUCUAGAACUCAGAGAAGUCAUCUUUCUACGAACUCUGCCAAGUCAUGUUCACCUUGUUCCUGCUCUCGAUAUUUUCCUCGACCCUUACAGCAAGAAGCUCCACAUCUCCAUGGAAUAUAUGGACGGAAACCUUUACCAACUGAUGAAGGCGCGAGAUCACAAGCCACUUGAUGGAAGCAGUGUGAAGAGCAUUUUGUUCCAAAUCAUGUCUGGACUGGAACAUAUUCACCACCACGACUUUUUCCACCGUGAUAUCAAACCAGAGAACAUUCUUGUAUCCACAUCCGCACAGUCGGACUCAGGAAGCGCUUUCCGGAGAUACUCAGCCCUUGUCACGCCACCUUCCACACCACCAUCAUACACAAUCAAGAUUGCAGAUUUUGGUCUUGCCCGAGAAACUCAUUCCAAACUUCCAUAUACGACUUAUGUCUCAACAAGAUGGUACAGGGCACCAGAAGUACUUCUACGAGCCGGUGAAUAUUCCGCGCCAGUCGAUGUGUGGGCCAUUGGUGCUAUGGCCGUGGAAAUUGCAACAUUAAAGCCACUCUUCCCUGGUAGCAACGAAGUUGAUCAAGUCUGGAGGGUUUGUGAGAUUAUGGGAAGUCCGGGGAGAUGGGUUAACAAACAGAAUGUCGAAGUGGGCGGUGGAGAAUGGAAAGACGGGGUCAAGCUGGCUCAAAAGCUUGGUUUCUCAUUCCCGAAAAUGGCGCCUCACUCAAUGGAGACGAUUCUGUCUACGCCGCAAUGGCCUUCCGACCUGGCAAACUUCGUAACAUGGUGUCUGAUGUGGGAUCCCGCCCGUCGACCUACAUCGUCCCAGGCCCUGGGACACCCUUACUUCGCCGACGCCUACGAUCCUCUGAGACCGAAAUCGUCAGCUUCACGACUACUUGGCCGCAAACACUCUGACAUUAGCAGCACAGAUCUCCGCAGUGACGGAAUGAAGGCUUCUUGGUUCAGACGUUCUCUAGUCGCCCGCGAAAGCGCACCAGCCGUCCCACAGCACAAUCCAAUCACGGGACCUCUGUCACCAAAUCCAUCACCAGUGCAUGUGCAGGCUCCAGAGUCGACUUCAUCUGCGACGAAAGUUCGCCCAAGCGCAAGUAAACGUGCUACCUGGACAAACGGCAUGCCCAACAAUGCUGCGCCGAUGCCAAUCUUACCAUCGAUUCGACCAGUCUCACCUCUCUCUGCUGCUGUCACUGCCCAAGCCAAUGUGCGACCAGGUGAAGUCGACGAAAAGGGUUCUAAAAAGAUUGGACGCCAGCUAUCGGUCCAGUCGCACAAUCACUAUGCGGAUCACCAUCGUCAGGAAGCUGAGCGGGCUCUGAAUGGCCAAUCCCGCGUGAUGUCACCCCCAAGCAGUCACAAGGAAGGCUUCUUCUCACAUCUACGAAAGCGUGCUCGGAGAUUCUCGGGCCGUUAUCAGACCCCAAUGUCUCCCAACUCGGACGACAUUGAGGCGAGCGCUGGUUGUGCACCUUGGGGUAAUCUUAGCAACCGGCAAUCCAUGGUUGUCGAGACUUCCCAGGCUGUCAACAACGUCCAGCCUCAGCAGAACGACUUGUCUGAGCUCGACAAAGCCCUGCAAAGCGUACGAUACAGCCUCGAUGUGGCUGCUCAAGCAAAUGCUGCGGCGCUACCAAAGGCUGUUAGUAAUCCCAUGCUGAAGCGUCACCAUUCUGUACCACAUCAACAACCUGCUAUCGGCGGUCCUCCUCCCGUGGCAAAUGGGAGUGCUCCGGUAUCAAGUCGCACUCGUCGUGCGUUGAAGCAUCCUGGCCCAACGCAUCGCUAUGAAACACCAGAUGAAGAGGAAGAACUCCUGGACGAAGCGUUGACGUCUGCACACAAAGCUGCCAGCCGUCUUGACCGUCACUCGCACCAGAAGCCAGGUACCCAUGAGCCAACACGCCCAGCCAUGUCGCAUACAAUGUCUGAACAAGGUCCUGCGGCCUCGUAUAUGACACCUUCUCACUCAGCGAACCGGAAUGAGGUCAGUUUCGGACACGACUGCUGCACGACUCCCACCAAACCAAUGACCAUUCAUAAUCAUAAGACUCCACCGCAAAACCAUGAGACUGUCAGCAAGUGGCCAACGCCACCAUACGACGAAAAUGACUGGGCAGCGACCGCAAGUGCAAGUAUCUUUGCCGCUGGCUCACACUACCGCUAG